AUGGGCAAGCCUCGCACCAAACGCCAACAGCUCCGCGACGAGCGCAAGGCGAAGCGCAAAGCGGCCCAGGACGCCGGCGCCGAGACGAACCGCGAGACAAAGCGGCGCCGCACCUCGGACGACGAGGGCCAAGACGACAGGGACAAUGCCGACACCGACGGCCCCCGCGCCGCGAAGCGCGCCCACCGAAACCCAAACCCCGACGACGACUACGUCAACGACCCCUUCGGCACGGGCGCCGACCAGGGGCGGCCCGAGCGGGAGUUCUUCGGCAUGCUCGACGACGAGGAGCAGGAGUACUUCAAGCGCGCCGACGAGAUGCUCGAGCUCAACCAGUUCCCGUCCGAGGAGGAGCGCGACGUGUUCCUGCAGAGCGUGUACCGCGAGGCCGUCGGCAAGGAGCUCAAGCUCGCGAGCUCGCAGUCGCUGUCGAGGCUCAUGGAGCGGCUCAUCCUGCUGAGCUCGACGCCGCAGAAGAAGCACAUCUUUGGCGCCUUUGCCGGCCACUUCCUCAGCCUCGUCCAGCACCGCUUCGCGAGCCACUGCUGCGAGGCCCUGUUCCUGCAGAGCGCCCCCGUCGUGACCCAGGAGCUCGGCGGCGCCGCGGCGUUUGUCGUCGACACGGCGGGCCGGCAGCAGGAGGGCGAGGCGGCCGCCGGCGCGGAACCUGAAAACUCCAUGGAGAACCUGUUCCUCAUGACGCUGGACGAGUUUGAGGAGCACCUGGGCUAUCUCUUGACGGACCGUUUCGCGUCGCACACGCUGCGCGUGCUCCUCAUUGUGCUGUCGGGCAGGUCACUCGAGGACUCGGCGACCAGGACGUUGCUGAAGAGCAAGAAGAAGGAACGCAUCUCGGUGCACGGCGCGCCCAACGCUGGCAACGCCGACGAACCGACGAACCAGCUCCGCGCCGUGCCGGCGUCCUUCACCAUGGCGACGAGGAAGAUCAUCGAGGACGCCACGGCGGGCAUGGACUUUACGGCGCUCCGCAUCCUCGUCAAGCACCCGACCGGCAACCCGCUGCUGCAGCUCCUGCUCGAGCUCGACAUUGCGCUGAACCACAAGUCGGACAAGGCCAAGACGGCGGCGUCCGACAAGGAGACGCUCCUGUACCGCCUGCUGCCGGGGGCGCCCAUGUCGCUCGCCAACGGCGACUCGCAGGCGGCCGACUUUGUCAACAGCGUGGUCUACGACCCCAUCGGCUCGCGCAUCCUCGAGACGCUGCUGACGCACGCCCCCGGCAAGCUGUUCCGCGCGCUGCACCAGAACUUCUUCGCCCCGCGCAUGGCCACCUACGUCCGCAACGACAUUGCCUCGUACCCGGCCCUGCGCGCCCUCAACCGCCUCGGCAAGGACGACCUCGUCGCCGCCGUCCACAGCAUCCUGCCGGCCGUGCCCGUGCUCGUCGCCAAGGCCCGCUACAACAUCCUCAAGACGCUCUUCCAGCGCUGCCAGGUGCGCGAGGCCGGCCCCGAGCUCGCCGCCCUGACGCGCGCCCUGACGGCGGCCCUCGGCAACAACUCGAAGGACGUGGUUCCCAAGCUCUGCCACCUCAGCCUCGGCGCGGCGGCGGGCGACGAGCAGGACGACACGCCCAAGUUCCAGCAGGACGUCCAGAACAAGGCCGCCAUGGCCUCGCACGGCGCCCAGCUGGCGGCCGUCAUGCUCGCGACGCCCGGCUCCGCCGCCAAGGCCUCGCAGGGCUCCCUGUCGUCGCUGACGACGGACCAGCUGUUCGAGCUCGCGACACGCUCCAUGCCGCACGUCGCCGUCCUCACGACGGCCCUCGCCCAGCCCGGCGCGACGCCCGUCUUCCACAAGGCCCUCGUCGGCCGCCUCGCCCCGCGCGCCGCCGACCUCGCCCUCACCCAGUUCGGCCACAAUGCCGUCAACGCCAUCAUCGCCGUCGGCACCGUGCCGUUCCACGUCAAGGGCACCAUCAUGGCCGCGCUGGCGGCGCGCGAGGGCGAGAUGCGCGAGUCGUGGAUGGGACGCAGCGUCUGGCGCACGUGGAAGGGCGACGUGUGGAAGACGCGCCACGCCGACUGGGUGCGCUGGGCCAAGGAGGUCGAGGGCGGCAGCGCGGGCGCCGCCGGCGCCGAGGGCGAGGUCAAGCUCAAGCCGUGGGAGAAGAUGCGUGAGAAGAACCGCGAAAAGGCGAGGGCCAGGGGCGGCGGCGGUGGUGGUGGUGGUACCGAGGCCACGACGGGGGCCAACUCGGUCGAGGUGGCCGAGGAGGCUGCCUGA